GCGGUGACCGCUUCGCCGACAGGAGCCGCUCCCGGAAACUACAGUCCGACCGAGGAGCCUUAAAGAUGAUCGAAGCGCUGCCGAAUGAAGAUUCCUCAGGAAGUAUAUCUCCCGUCGCUGUGAGCGUCAGCAGACAGGCGAGCCUGCUGUCGCUGGCCGGGGACGCGCUCUGCAUGGCCGUGACGGCCCUGAGGCUGUCCCCGCCGCCCCCGCCGCCCCCGACGGCCCCUCCGCCCCCGGGGGCGGCCGCCGCCGAGCGCGAGGUCACCCUGGACCAGGUGGCGUGGCACGACCGCAGCGACGACUGCUGGGUGGUCGUCUACGACCGCGUCUACGACGUCACGCGCUUCAUGGACCAGCACCCUGGCGGGGAGGAGGUGUUCCUGGAGUACGCCGGCCGGGACGCGACCAUGGCCUUCAGGGGCAUCGGCCACGGCGCCGCCAUGUUGGAAGCCCUGGAGCCGUCCCUGGUCGGCGUGCUGCCCCAGUGCGAGCGCAUCUACAGCUGCCCCGGGGGCAAGCUGUCCGGCCUGCUGUAGCCGCGCCAACACCACCACCCGCCUCUCCAAGGGGACAGUUUCCAACGACCACCUCCUCCGUCGACCGCACUGGGGGGGGGGGGGGGGGGGGGUCUCUCGCGGACCGACCCCAAGAUCCAGAGGACCGCCUGCAGUGACUGCCAAGACUGCUCCUGAACUAAACGAAGCGGUCUUUUCCUAACGACCACCUCCUCCUUCGACCACAGCUACCGUUUCAACCCAGCGCUUCUCGUCUGGCCAGCUAAUCGUUACGACGCGGAGCGGCGAAGUUGGACGUGUUCUAUCACAAAUGCGGCGACUUCGCUGUUUUCAAACGCCAGCGAAGAAGCCUGCCCAAAGGCGAACGAAGCCAGUGCCGUGUGUGAAUCGUCCUUCUGGGACAGUGAUUCAACGACGAGACGACUUUUACUGUUUUAUUUGGGACUCCAAUAAGUUUUGAUUUACCUCUGUCAAAAUUUACAUCCUCGCCAGACCUUUACGUUUUGUCAAAAAAAAAAAAAUUUCAGUCAAGAUUUGCAGACUUGCGCGAAAAAUGUUUUUAGCGUUGAAUCAUUCAUCAUCAGGACGAGACUUAAGAUGUGCCCAAAAUGUAUAUCUGUAAAGAUCGUCCAAUGUAUACGAUUAAAUGUGCCAUUUUUUUUAGUUUACAAAUUUCACCUCCAAAGGCAUUUAUUUUGAUAAAAAUAUGGAUACUAAACAUAAUUUUACUAUUUGACACAGAGCCUAUUAUAUGUAAUGCACGCUCGUGCAGUUCACAAGAUUAUUUUGUAACCUUGACAACUUGCCAACCUUAUCCGUCAUGACGUCUGUUUCUAAAAACUCAAUUGGCAAAAAAAAAAAUUAAUAAAUAACCGCUCGGUGUUCGGUGCCGCUUUUUUUUUUUUUUUCACUUUGCAUAUUACGCCUUCAGACGUUAGUCCACGGGCAGAAGUGUCCCAAGCCACAGUUUCCGAACAAGUCCCAAGUUUCGUUCGCUCGCACUUUCAUAUUCGCUAUCGGAAUAACACAAUUUUUACGAGAAUCGCAAAUUUCUUGUGAUUAUUGCGUACAUUUCAAAUUACCAACUCUUAAUUUUGUUGAUGAUCACCUAGACGAGCGAAAUAUGAACCUUCCGAGAGAACAAAAAAAAUUAUGAACUAAUUCCGUUAGAAAUUUAUUUAUCCACAGACCUAAACUAACCAACCUUUUUUUUUUACUGCUGCAUUACAAAAAAAAAAGUUCCAAAAUGGAGGGACGUGGUAUUUCCGCGGUAAAUGGACAGAAAUUUUCUCGAUGGAUGACACAAACUCUUUGGUCUAAAACGCUGUGUUAGAAUUCAGCGCGGGCAGAAUACAGAUAAAAUCUAGGGUCAAAUCAAAAAAAAAUACAUCAUGUAGCGAUUUGUAGUAGCUACAUUAAGACCUAGCAUAAAGUAAUGAUACCUUAUGUAACAAGCCGAUGAUAACAUUGGCUUCAGGGCAAUAUUAACGACUAAGUCCGAGUUCCUACUUGAUGAGUAUCGAGAGGUAUGUACCGCUUAAGCGAGUGACUUUAUUUACCACGAAGAAAAUAUAUUCGGGGCGAUAAUUCUUCUUAAAAAGCUGGCAAAAAAAACUUUUUGUAUACGUCAUUUAUAAAAUAUUCACGGUAAUAACCAAUUAUUCCCAAAACAAUCAAAACAUAACAAAAAAAGAUACGUUUUGAUCUCAAUACUGCCCAUAUUUAGACCUGCAUGCAUGCAAUAAGCAGAAUACUUCAAAUUAUACAGAAAAUUUUCCGUAACACAUAGGUUUGACAUUCACGCUAUUGCAAGUGCAGGCAGCCCCCCCCCCCCCAAAGAGGGGCUUCUUAAUUCCAGGGGACGGUACACUCUCCCAGUAUCUACGACCAUAAUUAGAAAUAAUAAUAAAACAAUCACACUGGUUAUAAUUCUUCAGUCAUAUUUAAUGCAUGAGAGAAGAAAAUAUUGGAAUCAGCAAACAAGAUAAAAAGGGGUCAAAUUAAACAUGUAUAAAAGGAGACGUAAUGUGGGGAAAAUUGUAUAUGACACGUCCAUCCUUGCUUCUUAUGACAGAGACGAAGUAUCGUCGGUGAAGGCAGGCAGGUGAAUUCGGACACACUCAAAACCUAAACAUUCCUCUGUAAGAUGAUAUGAGUGGUGGUAUUUUUUGUAUUAAAUACGGAACUAAUUCCUACAUAUUUUAAACGAAGUUAUGAGAAAGAUAAAAAGUUGUUUUUCAAAAGGAGAAAAAAAAAUCAGUAUUUGAAAUAUUACGAAACUGUAUCAGUAGUACUUACACUAGAUCAUUUAGAAUAGAAAAAAAGGUGAAACAUGUAGACUCUACUAACCAAAGUAACAUUGAAAAGUUGUUUUUUAUUUCAUGUCAUCAGGUUACCAUUCUAAUUAUUUGAUACCACAUAUACCGGCUAUGUGUACAGUAACUAAGUUGCAAUAUAUAUAUAUAUAUAUAUAUAUAUAUAUAUAUAUAUAUGAUAAAUGUUACCCUUAAUAUGUCUCGGAAACGCAAGAAAAUAAGUACUGUAGAAAGAGUUUACUAAUAUAUAUAAGAUAUUUUUUUUUGCUAUUCAAUCAACUUAAAAUUAAUGGAACUAGAUUUUAUUUAAAAAAAUUUAUGUGACUGUUGUGUCGAUUUUUCAGUGUUAUUAAUGAUUCACUUUUAUAUUGUGUUAGCCAGCGCACCAUGUUGAUUGAUUCUGCAAAGAAAUAUCCAUUCAUACUAAUGGAUUUCUUAAACGGUAUUUAUUGGUCAUUGAGACCAAAAACCCUUGUGUUCAGUAUUCAGGCCAAAGUGCCUCACUGUUUUAAAUAGCCUACUUUAGUCUUCUAGCUACUAUAUGCUUAUUAAAAUACAUUAUUAUUGAUUAUAAUGCUUAUAAAAUUCAACAGCAAUACCCCAGAGACUGAUGAAAUGUAAGAUACAGUAAAUGUCUCAAACCAGGUAAUCAUGCAUUAUAAAAACGGAAAGUUUCCUCACAUGUAAUUUAUAAAUCAGCGCAUGUAGCCUAAUGCAAUAAUUCGAUAACAAACAUGUCGAAUGAAGAAAUUGUCAAAUCAUAAAAAUGUUUUUGAACCUCAAUGAUGUUCUAACAGUGAAGUGUUAAUUUGGAAUGUUGUGUAUAUUUUUAAUUAAGAGUUAGCGUGAAAUGUUUGGAAAAAUGUAUGGGUUAUACAACUAAAACUGCAUUAAAGUGCAACUAUUUUAAAUAAUAUUUAAUCCAUAGAGUGCCUGUGCUGACUUAAAAUUAUUUAUUCGUAAAAAUUAUUUUUAGUUUAUUUAUAAAAUUGUUCUACUUAACUUCGUAUGAGACAACAUAUCGUUUGAUUUUUGUAGUUUCGCUCACCUCUUAAUUUCUUUAUUUUUGUCGAGUUUGAUUGCUUGUACUGAAAACAUUUGUUCUUUGUGUUGUGAAUAAUUUAUUGUCUCGUGUUUAUUAGUAUAGUUUCUGUUUCAUAAAUCUACAUUUAAUGUUUAAUUAGUUUAUUUAUUUCUAUUUGUACUUAUUUAUGAACUGAGAAAUAAUAAAAAAAUUGUGUUUUCA